AUGGAUUCUGGCGAUCGCGCGGGAGAAUUGGAGAUUGAGAGGGAUAUUCCUCACUUCUGGAAGUGGCAUACGAAAAUGAUGGAGAGAUCUUCUGUGAAGAAGAUUAUUGAGGAUAACAAGGCUGCUGCGACUGCUUAA